CAUAGGGGGGCACGGACGCUUUCAGGCCUCAUUCAAUGCUCCUUACAGAACUCACCAUCCAUUUUUGUUCCCAAACAAACUCCAUUUUCAUCCUUCUCUCUCUCUCUCUCUCUCUUCACCGGCUUAUCGGACCAUGGAAUGUGUUGAUGGAGCUCUCGAGAUUCUUCAAUUGAGCCCACAGCUCUGUUUUCGCGAUAAUGGCUGUUUUAAUCCCCAGAAUCUUCCCACCUCCGAUGAUUUCUUUGUCGACCAACUCCUCGAUUUCUCCAAUGAUGAUCAAUUUGUUCAAGACCAGACCCCCGACGAGGACGAACACGACCACGAUGACUCUGUUUCUCUUUCCGGUCGAGAAAUUCAUCAGAACUCCAUUGUUUCCGAUCAUCCUUCUUUACCCUCCGGCGAACUUACCGUUCCGGUGGAUGAUUUAGCAGACCUCGAAUGGUUAUCUCAUUUCGUUGAGGAUUCUUUCUCUGGAUUCUCGGCUUCUUUCCCCUCCGCCGGAAUUUCUUCCUUGGUGAAAUCGUCAAAGGACUCCGCCGCCGUAGACAAGAAACCGAGCCACGGUGGUUCCAUUUCGCCGCCGGAGAACUGUUUCAAAACUCCCAUUCCAGUUAAGGCUAGAAGCAAACGGACGAGAACUGGCGGUCGAGUUUGGUGCCUCGCCUCACCGUCGUUGACCGAGUCAUCCUCAAGUUCCACAACGUCGUCGUCCUCCUCCUCGUCGCCGGCUAGUCCUUGGCUUAUACUUCCCGACCGUUACGAACCGGAAAUUCCAAAGAAGAAACCAAGGAGAAAGUCGUUAUCAGAAAAGCCCAAAACCAACGUCGGAGCUCAGCCUCCACGGCGGUGCAGCCAUUGCGGAGUCCAGAAAACCCCCCAAUGGAGAACCGGCCCCCUCGGAGCCAAAACUGUCUGCAACGCUUGCGGCGUCCGAUUCAAAUCGGGUCGACUAUUACCCGAAUACCGACCCGCCUGUAGUCCAACUUUCUCCAGCGAAUUGCACUCCAACCACCACCGGAAAGUCCUCGAGAUGCGCCGUAAAAAGGAAAUCGCCGCCCCGGCCGAGUUAUUGACCUUAGAACAGAAAUAGCAUACCGUAGUUGAGGCGGGCCACCGGAGGAGGAGGAGGAAGAGAAGAGUAAAGUUUAGGUAAGGAACCGGAUUUAUCGAACCCGGUUCAAUUAAUCCGAGUUAGUAUACAUUUUCCCCCUCCUCGGUUCGCCGUAGGUUUGUAGCAAUGUACGUACGUAACCGUCUAGAGAAAAAAAAAUUAUUAUGUAUUUCUAAA